AUGUCAGGUCAAAGUCAGCGCUUGAAUGUGGUUCCUACUGUUACAAUGCUUGCAGUUGUGAAAGCUCGCCUUGUUGGUGCUACAAGAGGUCAUGCUCUUCUCAAGAAGAAGAGUGACGCUUUAACCGUGCAGUUCCGGCAGAUUCUCAAGAAGAUUGUCUCUACAAAAGAAUCAAUGGGAGAUAUAAUGAAAGCCUCCUCUUUUGCAUUAACUGAAGCGAAGUAUGUCGCUGGUGACAACAUCAAGCAUAUUGUCCUCGAGAAUGUCAAAAAUGCAAAUCUUAAAGUCCGAUCCCGACAAGAGAAUGUUGCUGGUGUGAAGCUUCCUAAGUUUGAGUAUUUUCAUGAAGGUGAGACUAAGAAUGACCUCACUGGAUUGGCAAGAGGUGGUCAACAGGUCCAGGCCUGUCGUGGUGCUUAUGUGAAAGCUAUUGAGGUUCUUGUUGAGCUUGCUUCACUUCAGACGUCAUUUUUAACGCUUGAUGAGGCUAUCAAGACCACAAAUCGUAGGGUCAAUGCACUGGAGAACGUUGUGAAGCCAAGAUUGGAGAAUACUAUAAUUUACAUUAAGGGGGAGUUGGAUGAGCUUGAAAGAGAAGAUUUCUUCAGAUUGAAGAAGAUACAGGGUUAUAAGAAGAGGGAAAUUGAGAGACAGCUUGCUUCUGCUAAGCAGUUUGCCGAGGAACAGUUUGCUGAGAAAGUUUCUUUGCAGAAAGGGAUUUCAUUAAAAUCAGCUCAAAACAUGUUGUCUGCUACAGAGAGGGAUGAGGAUAUAAUUUUCUGA